CGCAGGCCAGGAAAGUGGAGUGGAGGAGAGUGGGAAGAGUCGGAAGGAAGGAAGCUGGCUGGCGCUCUACUACUGUCGCCUGCCCACCCCCUCCGCAGCAAGCAGCAGUUCGGUCGGCCACUGGACGGAGCAAGAAUGCGUUCCCCGACGGAAGCUCCAUUCGUUUGCUUGCGCCCUCCUCCUCCUCCUUCCCUUCCUUCCUUCCCUUUCCUGGUGUGUCUUCCUCCCACUUGCGACCCCCCCCCCUCUCUCCCUCUCCGCUCGCUCGUUUCCCUUCCUUUCCCUUUCCUUCUAUUUCUCUCCGCUUCUGCAUCUCUGCAUCUACUCGAACUUGGACUCGACUCGCACUCGACCUCGAACUCAUACUCGAUCCCGAUCCUUUGUCGAGCAUCUCUUCCCUUCCCUUCCAUCGCAUCGUCCCCUCUGCUUCUAGACCUCGUGUAUGUUUCCCGCCCUGUCAAUACGCGCGCCUCGCCUACAGCCUAUCACUUCGCGCCCCCUCCCCAGCUCCGCUUCUCCGCUAUCAGGCUCUUUUGCGCGCGUCAUUUCGCCUUGAAUCGUCCUCGCCCUCGCCCUGGCCUUCUACUCGCUCCACCAUCUCACCCCUCUCCUCCUCCUCUUUUCCCCCUCUCGUUGGUGAUCGCGCUGCUCCGUGUUUACACCCUCCAUCACCACCACCCGUCGCCCAUCGGCCACCCCGCCCAUCGGCCACCCCGCCCAUCUCCCCCCACCCACCUCCGCAGUGUCGCGCAUUCCAUUAUCGCAUCUUGCCCAUCCAUCUACUAUCUAUUUAUCGUCAGGCGGGCAGUGCAGCGUAGCCUGUUUCUCACUCGACAAUAAUAUAUUCCGAUUUCGACCACAGGUGCAGCGCGCAAGUGAUUAUCCAUCCAACUACAACAUCGCCCACAAGAAGCUGUCGGCGCAGAACAUCUUUGCGGCUUCGAGAAGGAUAUCAGAAAGAAAUAAAAAAUAAAAAAUAAAAAUAAAAAUACGAAAAUAAAAAGUAGGAGGCAGGAGUCGGACGGA